AUGGUCGCUACCAAGAACCUCGGACUCGCUGGUCUCCUCUGGCUCGGCCUCGCCACCAAGGGACUCGCCCUCGAAGUCACCCAGAACGAUGAGCUGUCCCUCGUAGAGCGAUCUGAGCCUACCGAAGACCUUCUCGUCCGCACCAACAGACCGGGUGACGACCGCAGGUCCUGGGGCAACCAGGGCGGCCCUCGCCGUGGCAAGCGUGAUAUCGACGAGCGAGCACCCGGCGAUGAACGCAAGGGCAAGCAAGGAGGUCAAGGUGGAAGACCUGGUGACAACCGUUCGAGCUGGGGCAACCAAAAACCCCCAGCUAACCGUGAAAAGCAUGCGCAGGGUAACAGACCUGGCGAGACACGAACGAGCCGGCCUAACCAGGGCGGCCGCAAGCGUGAUAUCGACGAGCGCGCACCCGGCGAUGAGCGCAAGAAGCAGCAAGGUGGAAGACCCGGCGACAACCGUUCGAGCUGGGGCAACCAAAAACCCCCAGCUAACCGUGAAAAGCAUGCGCAGGGUAACAGACCCGGCGAGACACGAACAAGCCGGCCUAACCAGGGCGGCCGCAAGCGUGAUAUCGAAGAGCGCACCAACAGGCCGGGUGAUGAUCGCAGGUCCUGGGGUAACCAGGGCGGCCCUCGCCGUGGCAAGCGUGAUAUCGAAGAGCGUACCAACAGGCCGGGUGAUGACCGCAGGUCCUGGGGUAACCAGGGCGGCCCUCGCCGUGGCAAGCGUGAUAUCGAAGAGCGCGUUGGCCGUCUCGGCAAAGAGACCUGGGGGCAGCGACAGCGUCGUCUGAAAUACCAGAGAGAUAUUGAGGAGCGCACCAACAGACCAGGUGACGACCGCAGGUCCUGGGGUAACCAGGGCCAUGGCCCCCGUGGUGGUGGCCGUGGCAAGCGUGAUAUCGAGGAGCGCACCAACAGACCCGGCGAUGACCGCAGGAGCUGGGGUAACCAGGGCCAUGGCCCCCGUGGUGGUGGCCGUGGUAAGCGUGAUAUCGAUGAGCUCGAGGAGCGUGACUGGGAGGACCUCGAGUAA